UUUUGCUUUCUAACUCUCUAUAUAUAAUGCAAAAACAGGAGAGGCCUCCCAUUCAUUGAAAACAGUGAGUUUUCUUUCACAUUUCUUGUUUCUUUUAUUAGCAUUUGAGUGGGAUACGUUACCAACAGCCUAGCUUCUUAUCAGUUUUCAAGGCUCAUUUAACAUGUUCCUCAGCUACUUAAAACCUCUAACCUGAACCAUAUAUAUACACAGAGACGGAGAGAUAAAAAAAUUAACAUUCACAUACAAUUUCCGUAGUUCUGAUCUUGUGUUUGAUAUAUUUGCCAAAGAUGUUCCCAAGCUUUGAUCCUAAUGACAACGAAGCCGGUCUGAAGCUUUUGGAAGACCUCACGACAAAUGCAUGUCAAAUACAAGAAGAGGUUUUGCAGCAUAUACUAACUCUCAAUUCCAAAACUGAAUACCUUAGCAGCUUCCUCAAUGGCCUUUCUGAUAAGGCUAACUUCAAGGAGAAAGUUGAUGUUGUUAAUUAUGAAGAUAUCAGGCCUUUCAUCGAGCGAAUUGCCAAUGGAGACCCUUCAAAUAUCAUUUCAGCUCAUCCCAUCACUGAGCUUCUCACAAGCUCUGGAACUUCAGCAGGACAGCCCAAAAUGAUGCCUUCAACUGCUGAGGAUUUGGACAGGAAGACAUUCUUCUACAACCUUCUUGUCCCUUUGAUGAACAAGUAUAUAGAUGGCUUAGACCAAGGAAAAGGAAUGUAUUUUUUAUUUAUCAAACCUGAAAUUAGCACCCCUUCAGGCUUGAUGGCCAGACCUGUUUUAACCAGCUACUACAAGAGCAAUAACUUCAGAAAUCGACCUUUUAACCGAUACAACGUUUAUACAAGUCCUGAUGAGGCCAUCUUAUGUCCUGAUAACAAGCAGAGCAUGUACUGCCAGUUACUGUGUGGUUUAGUACAGCGAGAUGAAGUUAUUAGAGUGGGUGCAAUUUUUGCAUCUGCUUUCUUGCGAGCUAUCAAAUUCUUGGAAGACCACUGGCAGGAAUUAUGCUCCAACAUAAGAACAGCUUCUAUCAGUGAAUGGAUUGACGACCAAAGUUGCAGAAAUGCUGUAUUGUCAAUCUUGAAGAAACCCAAUUCAGAACUGGCCAGCUUGAUAGAAAAUGAAUGCAGCAGCAAAUCUUGGGAAGGGAUAAUCAAAAAGCUUUGGCCGAGAACCAAGUUUAUUGAAGUCAUUGUUACCGGUUCAAUGGCUCAGUAUAUAUCCACACUUGAAUUCUACAGCGGUGGCCUCCCUUUAGUUUCAAUAAUGUAUGCAUCUUCCGAAUGUUACUUCGGAUUCAAUUUAAAGCCAUUGAGCGAUCCUUCCGAUGUCUCCUACACUCUGCUACCCAAUAUGGCCUACUUUGAAUUCCUUCCUGUGGAGAGAGAUUCAGGAGAAGCAGUACAUCUGAAUGGUGUUUCUGAUCAGAAUUGUAUACAUGGGGAGGGUGAACAUAAGAAGAAGAAACAGAAGAAGAAAACAGACACCGUAGAUCUUGUGGAUGUGAAAGUUGGUCAAUACUACGAGCUUGUUGUGACUACUUUUACAGGGCUAUACAGAUACAGAGUUGGAGACAUUCUGAUGGUGACAGGUUUCUACAACAAUGCUCCUCAGUUCAGGUUUGUACAUCGGAGAAAUGUGGUCUUAAGCAUUGAUACAGACAAAACCAAUGAAGAGGAUCUGUUAAACGCAGUGACACAAGCGAAGCUACUGCUGGAGCCACUGGGGUUUCUUCUGACAGAGUACACUAGCUUUGCGGAUACGUUUUCAAUCCCAGGUCAUUAUGUACUGUUCUGGGAACUUAAAUCCAGAGGAAAUAAUGGUCCCCUGGAGCUUGAUCCGGAUCUCAUGGAGCAAUGCUGCUUCACAGUAGAAGAGGGGUUGGAUUAUGUUUACAGGAGGUGCAGGAAGAAGGAUAAGUCGAUAGGAGCAUUAGAGAUAAGGGUAGUGAAGCAUGGAACAUUUGAUGCACUCAUGGAUUUUUGCCUGUCUCAGGGAUCAUCCGUAAAUCAAUAUAAAACACCCAGGUGCAUCAAGUCCGAGGAAGCCUUGCAGAUUUUGGAUUCAAGAGUGAUUGGAAAUUAUUUCAGCAAGAAAACACCUUCCUGGGAGCCGUUUAAAAUGGAAUAAACAAUAACUUAAUUAGUAAAUAUGAACGAGUGCAAAUGAAGGGUCGCUUUGGCUCUUUGCGUUUUAAUUUAAGGAUUUGUAGUCUAGUCUAGUCUUGUCCUGAAUCUCUAAAUUGUUGAAAAUUACAGUAGUUCAGCUCAGAUGACACUUUGGUUUGCUUACUCAGAAAGAAAAAGCUUUUAUGAUAUAAUGGAUGUAGAUUAUUAAAAUUGAUCAAUGGUUAAGUGAUUGUAAAGCAAAUAAAUAGUACUACUACAACAUACAAGAGUGAGACACACGAGGAAAGUGAUGUAAACAGAGCUAGGGGUGUUGAAUGAUUAAAAGUGGUCAAUGUAGAUAUCCAUUAAAUUCAGAUUUGGCUUCAAAGUGCACUAUCA